AUGGAAACAAAUCCGUUUGGUACAACAUUCUUAAAGAUCAACCAAAGAAAGACGAUAAAUUAUAGGGGUGGUGGUAGGUGGGUUAUGUAUCAAGGAGGAAGUGGAUUGGGUGGGGUCAUGUUGAGCGACUGGAUAUUGAACCUUGGAUCCAAGUAUAAUGAUGGCUUUGGAACCCAACCCCAAACAUGGGUUUACAACAAGCGCAAGCUCCUCCUCGUCUCCCACGCUCAACCUCUACUGCAUGGUCUUUCUCUGGAAGUGAUUGAAUUGGCUUUGAUUUGGCUCAAACAAUGUUAA